AUGCAGGUAUCUGCAGCGUCACUCAGUGCACCAACAGCUGCCAAAGAUGCUUCGGAGGAGAGCGAGGGGUAUGAUGUCUAUGUCAACCAUCCAGAACCUCUAGACGAGGGCGAGGAGAAGCAUCUGAUCUCAGCCUUUGUGGCCGAUGAGUCUGGUAUCAUCAACAGGGUGGCCGGGGUCUUUGCCAGAAGAGGUGCCAAUAUAGAGUCUUUGGCUGUGGGCCUGAACAUUGACAAGGCCCUCUUCACUAUCGUGGUGACUGGCACGCAGAGCACGGUGGCCAAUUUGGUGAAGCAGCUGGCGAAGCUGGUCAAAGUGCGCUAUGUGGAAGACAUCACUGAGUCUGACCGAGUAGAGCGGGAGAUGGUGCUGCUGAAGAUCCGGGCGCCCCCCGGGCCCGCUAGGACAGAGGUGAUGCAGCUGAUUGACAUCUUCAGAGCGCGUGUCGUGGACGUGUCAGACCGCAGCAUGUGCAUCGCUGUCAGCGGCGACUCCGGCAAGACAGCAGCGUUACAAGGCGUGCUGCAGAAGUUUGGCAUCAUGGAGAUCGCACGUACGGGCAAGAUCGCACUCAAGCGCGGCGAGCAGCUGCUGGAGAUGGGCGGCUGGGGCGAUGGCGCUGUCCAGCGCGCGCGCUCCAAGCAGACCACUAUCACAACCGGCAACGGAGCGUCCGUUGCAACAGAGGGCAUCGGCUUCCAGGGGGAGGACGGCUCAGAAGGGGAUGUGUACACUGUGGGAGGCAAUGGCCAGCCAGGUGUAUGGGAUGUGGAGAAUGUGCUGGAGGCGACCUUCCAGACUGGGGAAUUCGAGCCGCAUACACUCUCCAUCGAGGUGGAGGAUGUCCCUGGUGUCCUCAAUCAGGUGACGGGGGUGUUUGCGCGGCGGGGCUACAACGUGCAGAGCUUGGCGGUGGGCAACAGCGAGGUGGAGGGCCAGUCGCGCAUCAUCAUGGUCAUCCCCGGCUCUGCGGAGGGCACCUCCAAGAUCAUCAAGCAGCUCAACAAGCUCGUGCAUGUGCAACAGGUGAGGGAUCUGUCGGCAAAGCCAUACGUGGCACGAGAGCUGAUGCUGAUCAAGGUGCGCUGUCCGGCGGCGCAGCGGCGCGAGCUGAGCGACCUGGCCAACAUCUUCCACGGCACCGUCUGCGACGUGUCCCUGGACACCAUCACGCUGGAGAUCCAGGGCAAGGAGGACAAGAUGCACGCCCUCCAAGGCCUCCUGGAGCCCUAUGGUAUCUUGGAAGUUGCGAGGACGGGGCGUGUGGCUCUGGCCAGGGAUUCCGGCGUUGACAGCAGUUCUGUGACUGGCGCCGAUGCCGUCACCGCACAGCACGUCCUUGAGGCACACGCGUGGGACGUGAACAAUGGCGUUGAAUUCUUUCUGGAACAAGGCUCCAACCCCUGUCCACCAUCGCUGCAAGGUCAUCCUGUUUCCAUUGAUGAGGAGUUUGACCAGGACGAGGAGCUUCAAGGCUUGGCAGCUCAGCCUGUUGACAGUGAGGACGAUGAUAUUGAAAUCAUUGAGAACAGCAACAGGAGCACUCGCCAAGCCAACGGCACACAAGCGCAUCGCAGGACCUCAGCUCAGAACGGCUUUGCUAGUGGUAGUGGAGGUGCUUUCUUUGAUGAUAACAUGGACGAGGGCCCGACUGUGCGUCAGAGGAGGUCCCGGCCGAGGGGGGCUGCCGCCGCUGCUGGCCGUGAUCUGGACGCCCUGCAUGAACUGGGACGGCGACUUGGUGUGCCAGAUCUGGAACCAAUGCAAAUGCCAGCCGUGCGGCCGACUGGGCGGCGCCUGCCAGAAUCUCUGGCAGCGCAGAUCUCUGGUGCGGGUGGCAGAGGGCUGCCACACGAUGAUGAAGAGCUGCAGCUCCCUGAUGGCAUCAAUGUGGAAGAAGCCAGGAUGCUGGAGGCGGCCAUGCUGGGGAUUCCUUACGAGGGGCGCAUGCCCCACAUGGGCGAGCCCUGGCAGCCGUCAGCUCCACCUGCACCAGAAGUGGUCGCCCAGCGCCAGCUGCGUGAGGAGCAGGAUGUCGCCUACCAGGCCUCUCUGCUGGCCGACAUGGAGAAGGCGAAGAGUGCGCAGCGAGCCGAGCAGGAGGCGGCAGCUGCGCGGCAGCGCGCGGAAGAGGAGACGGCUGCCGCGGAGGAGGCCGAGCGUAUGGCGGAGCGGCUGAUCAGCGACAAGCGCGCCGGUCUCCCCGCCGAGCCGCCCCUGGAUGACACUGACGCCAUCACUGUCCUCGUCCGCCUCCCCAAUGGCGGCCGCCCCUCCCGCAGGUUCACAAAGGACACAAAGGUGGCGACGCUGUUUGACUGGGUGGACGUGAAUGUGGCGCCUGACAUCAAGCCGGGCACGUUCCGCCUGGUCACUCCCUUCCCGCGCCGCAUGCUGCUAGCUGACACUCUCGGCUCGCUGCAGACAUCCGGCCUCACACAGAAGCAGGAGGCUCUGUUCUUGGAGCCCAUCUAG